GAAAGGAAGGGGAGGAGCAAGGAACCAUGGCUGCUCUGGUAGCAGUCUGCAGUGCGCUAGGGAAGAGAAAGUUUACACGUUUCCCAGCGGCUUUUGUCUGCCUCACAAAUCCCGGGACUCGUGCAGUGCUGUGCAGAAGUUGUUCACAAUAUAAACAGGUAACCAGCAAUGAGGACCUGGUCUUUGUGGGAAGAAACAAAAAGAAAUCACAAAAGCAAUUAAGAGAGCUCAAAUAUUGGGGUUUAUGCCAGUUACGUACAAGGAUCCUGCCUAUCUCAAAGACCCUAAAGUUUGUAAUAUCAAAUAUAGGGAGUAAAUUAUAUAAAGUUAUUACCAAUAAACAUUUUGCAAUAAGUGGUUGUGUGGUGCUAAUACUGGCUCAAACUAUAAGAUUUAAUAACCACUGAGUAGAAAAACAGGCUAAAUCUUGUCAAACUAUAAUAAGUGUUUAAUUCUUAUAGUAAUUUGGGAUCAUGAGUAAAAAGUGUUUCAGGAGUGAGGCUUCCUCUUCAUCAGAAUGCUCAUUAGGUAAAUCAGAUUAUUUAAAAAGUUAAUACUUAAAAAUAAAAUAAAAUGUUAAUACUUGUCACAUUUACAUACACAUAUAUUUUAAAAUGUUAACACUUGUUACAUUUAACGUACACAUACAUUUAAAAAAUUGUUACCGUGGAGUCUUCACUUAAAUCUGGCCCCCCAAACAGUUCAUACAACACACUACUGACAGUGUGAUGUCAAACACAGCAGGGCUGACUUGUACUGGAACUUGACUUUAUUCCCAGAUUUUUUGUUGUAAACAGGAUUGUAGAGUAUGGGUGCAGGGCAAUGGGAUGCCUGUGUAAUGUACAAAUCCCACAGGACAGGGUGUGGAUUUGAAAUUGUUAAGGAAGAUUUCCUAACAAGCAGGUAAGUAAGCCUGAUUGGGACCAGGCGUCUUCUCUCUGCAGAUGUCACACGGGGAUGGCCAGUGGUGCAGUCUGUCACAGGACCCAACACUCAGCUCUGGACUAGUCUAUCAUAAACUAGUAGUGUCCUCUAAGUAAGCCGAUCCAUACGCAAUCUGUUCUACAUCUCUUACUCCAGUAAUACAAACAAAUCCCCAAAAGACAUAGAAUGAGAAAAAAAUGUCUAACAAGCAUUCUUUUUCUCCUCAUUCCCUGAAGGUUGGGACAUCAAGCUUAUUUUAAAAUUAGGGCUCAGACAGAACCCUAUUUCCUCUCCUGUCCUGUGCUGCUUAAGUAAUCAGUGAAGCAAUCCCAACAGCAACUCAUGAUUUGUACACAUCAUCCCAGGUACUAUGUGGGCUCCAUAAGCGCCCCACAGUAACUAAUGUCUGUUAACACAUAAAUAAAAGAUGACAGCAAAUUCAUAGCUAAUAUUAAAAAAACCAUCACUUAGGAAGUCACUGAUGGAAGAGCAAUGUGUGGGUUCAGCAUUUCACCCAGAGAGUAAAACAUGAAGGCUUCAUGUGAUGUGUCUUCAUGGGAAAUUCUGUUAUGGAAAAGACAUGCAAAAACCAAACCAUGAGAGUGCUCUUAACCUUCACUUAACCAACUCACUGAACAGGGGCUGUACAUCCUCCUUAAAAACCACACAGAAGCCCACAACUGUUGAGUUCUGUAUUACCAAUAAUCAGUUAUUUUGUUCCCAGAUCUUUGUCAGUUCAGUUCAAUAUUCUGUAUUGAUGAAUAUAAGCAUGAAAAAGACAUUACUAUUGCAAUGAAAACCAAGUAAAGUGCUUUGAGAAGACCUGAUUAAAGGCAACUAACUUUAAAAAAAGUCAAAUUAGGUGUGGUUAAGACAAAUAAGAUUGGGAGUGGGAAAUGAAAAAACCCUAGUAGCCUUUUGUACUUAGGCUGCUUUGCAAACGUCUUUAAAGAAACUAAAACUGGGGCUUACCUAAGUGAUGGGUGUGAUUCACAUAGGAACUCCAGUAGUGUUAGUUGUUCGGGUGUGUUCGACUUUUUGUGGCCCCAUGGACUGUAGAAUGCCAGGCUUCUCUGUCUGUGGCAUUCUCCAGGCAAGAAUACUGGAA